GCCCCCGUUUUCUCGCCUCGCGGUCUCGCCCCUCGCACCCGCCCCUCAGCUCCCAUGGGCUCUCGCCGUCGCUGACACUGGGGCCCAACGCUCUCCCCCGCGUCCGCGCCCGCCUCCUCCCCCUCACCCUCCUCCUCCUCUUGUUGCCUCCACUGACUCUAGCCGACCGCCCCCGCCCACCGACAUCGGAAGCCCUAGCUGCUGCAGGAACUGCCCUGCCGGCCCGCCGCUCCUCCGCUCGAAGCGUCUCCGGUUUCUUGGAUGCACCGGCUGCUCCGAUGGCUGCCCUUCCGCCCGCCGCAGAGGACCCCGACGCCGUGGAGAUCCGUGAAGUUUGGGCGAGCAACCUGGAGGAGGAGUUCGCAGUGAUCCGCGCCGUCGUCGACGUGUACCCGUACGUGGCCAUGGACACGGAGUUUCCCGGCUUCGUGGUGACGCCGAGCGCCGAGUACCGGUUCACCUGCGACCGCAACUACGCCGCCCUCGAGGGCAACGUCAACGUGCUCAAGCUCAUCCAGCUUGGCCUCACCCUCUCCAACGGGGCAGGCGCGCUCCCGCCGUGCGGCACGGGUGGGAGGCGCUGCAUCUGGCAGUUUAACUUCCGGGGCUUCGACCCGCACACCGACCCUUCUAGCAGCGACUCCAUCGAUCUGCUCCGCCGCAGCGGCAUCGACUUCGACCUCUUUGCGGCUGAGGGGGUCGAUUCCACCCGCUUCGCCGAGCUGAUGAUGUCGUCCGGAGUCGUGCUGAACGACGAUGUCCAGUGGGUGACCUUCCACAGUGGCCACGACUUCGGCUACCUCCUCAAGCUGCUCACCGGACGGGAAAUGCCCAACACCUUGGAUGAGUUCCUGAAACUCACCAAGACCUUCUUUCCGGUGAUGUACGACAUCAAGCAUCUCAUGAAGUUCUGUGGCGGUGGCCUAUAUGGCGGGCUGAGCAAGCUUGGGGAGCUGCUCAAGAUUGAGCGUGUUGGGAUCAGCCACCAGGCUGGAUCUGAUUCGCUGCUGACCCUGCAGUGCUUCAUGAAGCUCAAGCAGUUGUAUUUAAAGGAGUCUGUUAAGUUGUAUGAUGGUGUGUUGUUUGGGCUUAUUCCUGGGGAAGUGGAGAUCAAACCUGUUGCUCCACCCAUUGAAUGAGUUAUGGUAGUUCAAUAACAAGAUUCUGAAUGAUAAAAAUGGAGAACAGAGCCUACCAUCAGUGAAUAUAUAGCUGAUCUGAUGAUUUCUGGUGCUUGUUAUGAUAUGCCUUCUCUCCUGGUUAAUUCUCCCCAUUAACC